CAUUUCGACGAAAUUGAGACAGAUUGAGACAUAUUUUGGUGUUACUGUUUGACAGUCAGAUUAUGCUUUUUAUGAAAAAUGUGUUUGGGCUCCUCGUACCGUGUGAAAUGACGUUGUCAAGAUGUUUUUCAGUGUCCUGUGCGUUCUAGUUGUCAUCCAAGUACUGUCUGUGGCGCCGCCAGCACCACCAGAGAACAUCCAUGUUGAUGAGUGGCUGCUGAGAUGGACUCCUGCCACUGACGGAGACGUCACCUACACUGUCAAGUACAGCAGCUUUGACAAGGGUCCGUGGACAAAUUUACCAGCCUGCACCCAAAUAUCCAUCAAUUCCUGUCAUGUCAUUUCCACCAAGGCUCAGGGCAUUCAUGGCUGUGUUAUGCUGCGUGUGCAAGCAGAAAGACAUGGGCUGACCUCAACACCAGUCGAAGCCUGCAGCAGACGUGGUGACUCCUGCACCCCUGACUUCAGUCUGACUGCACGGCCUGGCACCCUGACUGUAAAUCUGAGUAGGAACCACAGUUUGGCUCUGGAUCAUGCUGACCAUGUAGGACACAGAGUUUACUAUGGCAUGGAAGGAGAGCCCCUGCAGGACUAUGAAGAUACUGCAGCCUCUGUGACCAUCAGUGAGCUGCAGGAGGGACAGCGUUACUGUACUAAGGUGCAGUACACUUAUCAUGACAAGCCUGUCGGAGUGCCCUCCUGUACCCAGUGUGAGCUCAUCCCUGAGUCAAGAAAGAACCCAAAGGCCACAGAAAUCCUAGCAGCUGUGGUGCCUGUUGUUGUCCUGCUCAUUCUCAUACCUGUGAUUGCAUACGUCCUCAUAUUCCAACAGCGGAGAAUCAAACAGUGGCUGCAACCUCCAUACCAGAUCCCACCUGACUUCUUCCUUGAGCCAUUACCUGAGCAUCACCUUUGCAUCCCGACCAGCGGCCCCCCCGAGGAGCACUGGGACGUCAUUUCUUCCUUUUCUCAACAAGAGUUUAGAGACUAACUCCACCUGCGUCUGCACUCCACCUCCUCUUUGUGGCCUUCUUCUUAUGCUGUGUUGGUCUCAGACCUGAGAGUUGAACUGUUUCAAACUGCUGACCCGACUCUCCCACAUUAACAAAGGUCUGCUUCUCCCUGAAGCCAGACUUCCUGCUGAGGAGGAUUUAGUCUCAGGAGAAGUGUUGGCUUCAUUUAAGUUGAAAGUGAAUUAAGUCUGAUUUGAUCUAGAUUGAGCUUUGACUCUGGAAGAGAAAAUUAAGUAAUACAAAGACUGAACCACUCUCCAGACCACUCGGAAUGGUGAGCUCCAGACUGUUAUUAUACCCAGUCUCAUUUUAUUAUGGCUGCAGGAAUUCUGGGAAAAUUACAGUUACAGCAAAUGUAAAAAAUAUUCACUGUGGUCCAACGUUUCACAGAAAAGUGUGUGUGCCAAAUGGAGCAAAAUUACUAAAUAAAGAAUAUGCUUUGUA